AUCAUUUUGCAGUGUCUGACUAAGUUACCUAUUUUUGUUAAUUAAAGGAAACGUUGUUGUUAGAAAGGUUAGAAUCAACAGUGAUAAUUACCAUGUCAACACCUAACAAUAACGAAGAUUUUGAGUGGUCCAACCCAGAAUUUCAACCUGCUGAUGCUAGUUCCUCCACCACGUCUACCAUCGCUGACCCUGAUAUCUCAACGAGCUCUAGCGCCGGGUGUCUCCAGGGUUCAUCAGGGGAUGAUGUAGGAAAUCCAGUAAGAUCAACCCCUGGACUGGCUCAACUUCAGGGCCAACGAAUUCAGUCAAACCCAAUAGGAGAAGGGGGAGUAGCAUUUAUGAGCAGGUUAGAAUCAACAGAUAUAAUUACGCCGUCAACACCUAACGAUAUCGAAGAUUUUGAGUGGCCCAACCCAGAAUGUCAAUCUGCUGAUGCCCAGUCCUCCACCGUGUCCAUUGCAGGGUCCAUUGCUGACCCUGGUGAUGCCUCGGCGAUCUCUAGCUCCGGGAGUCUCCAGGGUUCAUCAGGAAGUGAUGUAGCAAUUCAAGGAGGGGCAGGUUCUUCAGCCCAAUCACAGGCUGUGAAGAGAUACUCUUCAACUGACAGGCCUGCCGCAAAACGUGGCAGGCGUCAAUAG